AUGAGUAAUCAAGACAUUGACAUGGAAAAGCCUGACUAUGAAAAAGUCGACUUUCCUGCCGCGGCGCAGGGCAUAGAUCCGCAAGAUGACAAGAGAAUCUUGCGCCGAAUCGAUAUCUGCUUGCUACCGGUGAUGGCUUUGAGCUAUUUCUUCCAGUUUGUCGAUAAAACGGCAUUGGGUUCGACGGCUGUUUUGGGCCUGCGCGAUGACCUCAACCUCAGCGGCCAAGACUACUCUUGGGCCAACAGUAUCUACUACUUUGGAUAUCUCGUUGCCACGGGUCCGUUUGCAAUGGUUAUGGUUCGAUGGAAGGUUGGAAAGAUGAUCAGUGGCGCAGUGCUUCUAUGGGGCAUCACGUUGUUGCUGGCUUUUGUCUGCCACAAUGCAUCUGGUUUAUUGGUCCAGCGGUUCUUUCUUGGUUUCCUGGAGGCCCCGAUUGCCCCUGGUCUGAGUCUAAUCGUAUCAAUGUGGUACAAACGCUCCGAACAACCUCUAAGACAUGCUGGCUGGUUCAUGGGCAAUUCGUUUGCCGGUAUGGCGGGAAGUCUGAUGGCCUAUGGCAUUGGGCACAUCGAUACCAUUGCACCUUGGAAGGCCGUCUUUAUCAUUUUCGGCGCCUUGACGAUUACAUGGUCUGUUGCCCUCUAUUUCCUUCUGCCUGACACACCCACGACAGCUUGGUUUCUAAACGAAGUAGACCGCAAGAAAGCAGUCGAUCGUGUGAACGAGAACAUGAUGGGAGUAAAGGAUGAUGAGUUCAAAUGGUACCAAGUGCGUGAAUGCCUCCUCGAUCCGAAAACGUAUUUCCUCUUGGUCAUCAACUUUGCAAGUGUCAUUCCCAACGGCGCUGAGCAAGGGUUUACCUCAAUUGUCAUCAGCGGUCUUGGAUUCAAUCACUUGAAUACAUUGCUCUUACAAUCUGCCAAAUAUGUUUUUCAGGCAGCCUUUGUAUUGACUUUGACAACGCUGAGUUCCAAGAUGCGCAACGUCCGAACCUACUGGAUGGCAUUUGCGUACGCGGUCGCCAUUGUUGGCGUAGUUCUUGUCCGACAGCUACCACCGGAGAACAAAUGGGGUCGGUACUCUGGUUUCGUGAUUCUUAUUUCCUUCACAGCCAAUAUGCCGCUAAUCCUGUCGAUAAUAUCGGGAAAUUUCGGCGGUUUCACAAAGAAAGUGACCAUGAACGCUCUGUACUUCGUUUCGUACUGCGUAGGAAAUAUUAUUGGCCCCCAGACAUUCCUUCCCAAGGAAGCACCUGGCUAUAAGACUGGUUUCCUGAUCAUGCUCACAUGCUUCACCAUUGGCCUGUUGACUUGUCUCGCCCUUCGUUUGUAUCUGAUCAAAGCGAAUCGCGACCGCGACAAGGCUGCUCUGGGAACGGAAGCUGAGUUUGUGGAUGGUCAAACUAUUUUGAAUCUUGAAGACAAAACAGACCGGGAAAUCUCAGAGUUUAGAUACGUCUAUUAG